CAUUUAAACGCUAUUGCACACUGUUUCCAGGGUCAAAAUGUAAGUUCUGCGGUCAGUAAACAUCUCUCAGAAUCCUGGCAAUAAAAAUGGAAUUAAAGCGAGAAUAUGAACAUUAUGUUUACCAUGACAGAAGACAUAACCCUUCCAUUGUAGCAACAAGAAGCAAAUGGUGAGCACCUUAACUCGCGUUCCUCAGGUUCUCAGAUUCACACUUCCACCACGCGCCCAUCAUGACAGACCGCUACAUCGCCAUGCACGGGCUCAACAUCAGCCACAGCCCGGUGUCCGCCAGCCCGACCAUGUCCAUCGAUAAGCUUUUCCCCGCGCUCCUCGAGUGUUUUGGCAUCAUCAUGUGCGGUUACGUGGCCGGCCGGACGGACAUCAUCUCCCCAACUCAGGCAAAGGGCCUCGGGAACUUCGUCUCGCGCUUCGCGCUGCCCGCGCUGCUCUUUAAGAACAUGGUCCUGCUGGACUUUGGGGACGUGAUCUGGUCAUUCCUGUGGAGCGUGCUGAUCGCCAAGGUCACGGUGUUCGUGAUAGUGUGUUCGCUCACGCUGAUGGUUGCCAGCCCGGAGAGUCGGUACAGCAAAGCGGGACUCUACUCAAUUUUCGCUACGCAGAGCAAUGACUUCGCGCUGGGAUACCCCAUUGUGGACGCCUUGUACAGGAGCACCUACCCAGAGUACCUGCAGUACAUCUACCUGGUGGCUCCUGUCUCACUGAUGCUGCUGAACCCUGUGGGCUUUGCCCUGUGUGAGAUCCAGCGCUGGAAGCAGACCCCAGACCACAACAGCCAGAGCAAACUGCACAUCAUCUCCGUCGUCUUACUGCAGGUCCUGAAGAACCCCAUCGUGUUCAUGGUGCUGGUGGGAAUCGUGUCUCACUUCCUGUUGGGUGGGCGGGUCCCAGAGCUGCUGCUGGAGUUUGUGGACGGAUUGGCCAACUCGUUUGGGGGGGCGGCGCUCUUCUACCUGGGCCUAUCCAUGGUUGGUCAGCUCAGGAGACUGACACGUUCCACUGGAGUAGCGCUCAUACUGCUCAUCACUGCCAAACUGUUAGUAAUGCCACUGAUAUGCAAGGACAUGGUGGAGAUUCUGGACACAGCAAACUCCAGCUCAGCCAAUCACUCGAGCCUGUCCAACUUCGCCUUCCUGUACGGAGUGUUUCCCACAGCACCCAGCGUAGCCAUCUAUGCAGCCCAGUACAACACAGAGCUGGAGGUGGUGACCUCUGGGAUGGUCAUCAGCACGUUCCUGUCUGCACCAAUAAUGUACGUGUCGGCAUGGUUACUGACCAUUCCCUGGAUGGAUGCCAUGCCCCUGGUCACGGAGCUUCAAAAUGUCAGCUUCAACAUCAGCAUCAUCAGCUUACUUGCUCUAGUGUGGACCAUAUCAGUUCUAUUCCUCAGUAAGAAGUUUAAAAGGUUGCCUCACAUGUUUGUCAUGAACUUGUUUCUGGCUCAGUUUCUGGUGUGUGUAAGCAUGAUUAUGUGGAGGUUUGUGGUGCAUCGGGACGACCUGUUGGGCCAGGUUCUGGUCUUCACCUUGUUGUACGGCUGUCUCUACAGCACAUACCUGUGGACAGGGCUUAUUGCCUUCUCUCUGGCCCUGAUGAAGAAGAAUGAGAAGAUGAAGAUUCGUCCUGCAGUCUUUGUGCUUCUAGGAUGGGGGAUUCCUUUCUUGACUGUGGGUGGGUUGCUUAUGGCUGGAGAGCGCAUGGAUGACACCAUAGACUCCGCCUUCUUUUAUGGGCGUGCCCAGAUGGGCAGCAUGGCGGGGGUGUUGUUCUGCAGCAUUGCGCUGGGGGGUCUGUCUCUGCUGGGGCUGGGCAGGGGGUCCCAGGAGGAGCAGCGCUACCAUGCCCUGGACCAGAGCUCCAUGUCGGGCACCACCGAUGACCUGCGCCCCUACAGGGACCAGGAGGACCAGGCCGCCACUCAACCUGCCACCCCACUGGACACCAGCAACAGAGAUCAGCCCAGCGAGAGGCCUGUCCCUCAGCCUAUGCCUGAUAUGAUCGUUGGCCAUCUGAAUGACACAGCAGCAGCACACACAGACCAGGCGGUGGCGCCGCUGCGUGAGGCCCCCAGCGCGCGCCUGGCCCAGGAGGAGAGGCAGGUGGCCCGCCAUGCCCUGCUGUGCCUGCUACUCAUCGUUGGCCUGCUAGCUAACCUGUCCAGUUGUCUCUGGUGGCUCUUCAAUAGAGACCCCGGCAGACUGUACCUGGAGCUGCAGUUCUUCUGUGCUGUCGCUAACUACGGACAGGGGUUCAUCUCGUUUGGCCUGUUUGGGCUAGAUGAACAUCUCAUCAUUUUGCCAUUCAAAAAGAGGCUGGCCAGUCUGUGGGGUUCAGAGCCUGUGGAGGAGGCCUUGGCUGCUGGUCAAGAGGACAUCCGGCUCACCUGCACUCAGUUUGUGCGCUACCACAAGGACCAGUGUGUGCAGGACAUCGUACGCCAAAGAAGGUGCAAAGGCCAUUGGUAUUGGUCAGGUUGUCCGGAGGCGGGCUCAUUCAUGGGUAGAGAGCUGGUUGAUUGGCUGGUGCGCGCUGGAGUGGCGGGCGAUCGGGCUUCGGCCGUGCUGUAUUGCGCUCGGCUACAGCGAGGAGGAGUUCUGCGACAUGUCAGCCAUCAGUUUGGUUUCCAUGACAACUCGCUCUGCUACGGCUUCACUAUUCCGGAAUCGUUCCACCGCCACGACGACACUCAUAGAAUGCUACCCUGUACGAUGUGACCUGGAAUAGACGCGUUAGCAACGAGGAGCAGAUUUCAGGCAACAUGUAACUGUGAACGUGACUUGAAUUUCAACUGAAACUUCUAUUUUUGCAUGUUGUGUAGUUAUAUGCAGGUAUUUAAACCCAACACUGCAAGACGUAUUUGCCGUUUUGAACUCUUAUGAUGCACAAACACACUCACUGCUGCAGCUUUCCGACUCUUUUUCGUGAUGUUAAAGUUGUUCAUUAUUGCAACAGUUCUAUGCACAGCACCUUUCCUCUCAGUUUGCGUGUGUGUGUGUGUGUGUGUUUGUGUGUGUGUGUGUGUGCCUGCCGUGUGUGUGUGCGAUUCUGUGCCUUUUGCCCUUCAGAUGUUGUGUGGAAAAUGUAUGUGUGUGUUUUUCUGCUGUAUAUGAGAUAUGUUUACAUUAUGUAUAUAUGAGUAAGUGUGUGAGUGUGUAUAUGUGUGUUUGCUUGAAAAGUGUAGCUGCACUGUUUAUGUGUGUUUUAUUGAGAGGAGAGUCCCAUGUAACCCCCUGCCUUUUGUGACACCUACAGUAUAUGCAUAUCUCCACAUUAUCCUAUAAGCACUGAUGCAGUCAAACCUGAAGACGCAGUUUUGCCUAAACGUAUGUCUGUGUAAAGAACCAAUUGGGAACAGAUUGUCUGUGUUCUACAUCGGAAUCCAAAGUCCCAAACGCAGCUUGAAGAGGAGGCAGAUCGCCCCCUGCUGUUCAAUGAGUAUAAUUUAUUUCAGUAUGCACUGAAUUGUGAAGUUCCCUCAGACUUCGACAACUAACCUCUGAAAAGUGAAUUCCUAGUGCAUGUUGCCAUAGAUGUUUCUUCUCCUUCCUUGUGUUUGCCACAACUUUUCCCCACGACAGUAGGGGACCUAGUGUUCAAGGGGUGUGUUCAACUUAUCUUGUGUGUGUGUUUGGGGAGAGUGUGUGAUGAUCAUGUCAUUAAUACCACUGUAUGACCCAGUGUGGAUGUAUCCAUUGCUCGUGUUUGUUUAAUAUUUAAAAACAAUUGAGAUUUCAAAAAUGUCAAUUUAUACUAUAAUGCAUGUUCUUUGGAUUACCUUAAAGACAUCUGUAGAUUUUUUUCUCUGGACAGCAAGAAAACGGGUUUGUUCAUACACAACUGGCUGUUAUUCAGGUGCUCUGACAAUUCAUUAUUUACACUGGACUGUCUUAACACGUUGAGAAUUCAUGUGACAUUUCCUGAAUCUACUGUAGCCUAUGUCGAGGAGAUAGUUUUGGGUUAUAGCAUGUGAGAAUCCUAAACUGCCAAAAUGUUGCACUAAGAUAAUUUAUAGGCUAGGCUACAUAAUCCUACAAAACUGUAAAAUUCACUUUGUUUUUACACAAUUAAAAACAAUAAAGCUAU